AUGGAUCCGAUUGCACGUCGCGACAUUUGGAAAUUGAUAACAUCGACUCAGCUAAACGAUCGAGUGCUAGUCUUCAAGUCAUCAUCUAUUGAAGAAUGUGAAAAGCUUGGUACACGUUAUGGAGUAUAUUGGGCAGGGCGUUUUGUAUCAACUGGGACCAUUGACGUUUUAAAGGGACAUCAUACAAGGCUGUGUCUCCUGCAAUGUGAACUGUCAGAAAAAGCUUUGAAACAAAAGGUACUUGAUACUGUUCACGAUUUAUUCGCCCAAUCCGUUCCUUUACCAAUACCAGACGAGGAUAAGCUAGUGCUAAAAUGGCAUGUCCCCAUGGCGGAAGGCGACACAAUGUCUGCAUUCUUUCGUAAAGUCGAGCGAUUACCAACUUUUGUACCAGUUACAAAUUUACGUUUUACACAUGCAUCAUCCGAAGAUGCUUUUACUAUUUUCGGCGACAAAUUUAGUAAUCUUCAAAGGAAAGCAUCAAAAAUGGAAUUAGUAAAUCAGCUUUUAACUGUAGUUCAAUGA